AUGUGCAGCCCAUUUCGGCAUAGUAACAACCGGAGCUUCGGUAAUCGCCGAAGCGGUCAGCUGCAGAAUCUCCGGGCCCACCUUGUGUUACAUGGGAAGGCGUGUCAAUUCCAACAAGGCGCCCGUCCGAUUUCGAAAACGGAAAAAANUGUCGAGCUUCCUGUAGUAAAUCAAUCUGGAAUAAGGGCGCCUUGGGGCCAAGGCGCGAAGCCAAACCCGACAACACCGAGGGCAAAAAAUGUGAAAUGUGGUUGGAAGAAACAUCCACCUCAUAAGGUUCAUCGCCAUUCUUAUUCAGUGGAUGUGCAAUCCAUCGCCUUCGCUUUUCGGGCUUUUUUCUGCCCCGACGAAGGGAGAAAUGACCCAAGCCCAGUGGAUGCACCGAGGGAAGGGCGCACGAUUCCCACCUUCCGUAGCAAACGCGCGCCAAUAAGAGGGGUAAGGCGACGCCCCGGCUGUGAAGGUGUCCCCGGAACACGUAACAACAGAUUCCGCACUUCUUAA